GAAAAAGAAAAGGCAAAUAGUUAUAUGGAUAGCAAAUUACCGAGCAAGGAGUCCAAGGAGGUGGCACGUGAGUCGCUUAUUGCUAUCUCUAACACUUCCCCUGAUAAGAUUCUGGAUUCAAAUUCUGUGAUCGAGAGCAAGAAAUCAGAUGGGGUUGCCAAGCCAAACUAUGAUCAAGACGAGAAGUUUAGGUCUGAACUGAUUUCAAUUUCUUAUGCUGAAUCCCCUGAUGUCAAAAUCUGAUCAGUUUCAAUGAUAAACUAGUUCAUGAGUAUGUGUAAACUAAUGGAUUAUCGUUUGGUGGAACUUUCACUUUUCCUAUGUUGUGACUAAACUGGUUAUAAUUUGUCAACCUAUGUAAAUAGUUUCACUGGCCACAUGCUUGGGUCAUACGUUGUAAUGACUGUGACAAGUGUGUUGUCUCAGUACUAUGUUAGUUUAUGUUUAUGUGAGAUUUUGAAAAGUUCAAAGUGCAGUACAUUUUCUUAUGCAUCGUAAUAAUAUGUUCUCUUCUCUUUUUCAA